CCCCAUACUUACUCCGCCAACUUCACGCCGCGAGUCCAUCUCCGAGUUUCAAGAGUACCAGCUUUCCCACAGCAUCAACAAUCAUGGCCGACGCACAGUUUGACAGUGCACUGGACCUGCUCCGCCGCCUAUCACCGCGUGACACCAAGCGCAAUCUGCAAGCAAUCACCACUAUCGUUCCAGACUUGACAGAAGACCUUCUUGCCUCUGUCGACCAGCCGCUCGAGAUCCGACGAUGUGCUAAGUCGAACCGUGAUUAUCUACUCUGCGACUACAACCGUGACGGCGACAGCUACCGGUCGCCAUGGAGCAACGAAUUCGAUCCCCCAAUCGAGGACGGAACUGUGCCCAGUGAGAGAGUCAGGAAAUUGGAGGUCGCUGCGAACGAGGCAUUCGACGUGUACCGCGAGCUGUACUAUGAGGGCGGAGUCGGCAGUGUCUACUUCUGGGAUCUGGAUGACGGCUUCGCAGGGGUUGUGUUGCUCAAGAAAGCGGUUACUCCCGGCUCAAAGAGCUCCGGCGCAUGGGACAGUAUCCAUGUCUUCGAGGCGACCGAUCGUGCACGCAUGUCCCAUUACAAGCUUACAAGUACCGUCAUCCUGCACCUAGCCAGCGAAACGGAUGCGCUUGGAGAGAUGGAUCUUAGCGGAAACAUGACCAGACAGGUCGAAGCAGACCUUCCUGUCGAGUCGGACGCCAGCCAUGUUGCCAACGUGGGCAGAUUGGUUGAAGAUAUGGAAUUGAAGAUGAGGAACUUGCUACAGGAGGUUUAUUUCGGAAAGGCAAAGGACGUUGUAGGCGACCUGCGAAGCCUGGCACCCUUAUCGGAGACGUCCCGUGAGAGAGCGACUCACAGGGAGAUGAUCAACUCUAUGAAGAGGUAGUAUAAGAGAGCAAUGUCUUGUCAAUAUCAUACCCAUUAGAACGUUAAGGCUGUUCGAAUCAACAUCGGCAUAUGUUUUUCAUAUUGAGCCCGAGAGACUUUGGCCCUCUUUAAGUAACUAUGUGCCCACCGCAAUGUUUUUGGUGUAGUGGUCAGAUUGUCCUCGUCGCAAAAGAAUGUCUAACCACAUAAGGAAACGGUUAAGCUUACAAGUACAAGCAACCCUCUUUCUCUAGGAUGCAGGUCACGCUCUUUUCUGCAGUUUAAUGACUGGCUAAGAAA